AUUUCCUCUGAUCCAAAGGACAGUUCUGGCAGGGGCUCUGCCUGAAAGGCCAGAGAGGGAAAAGAGUGAGAGGGAGCGUGGGGGUGAAAAGUACAAGCAGGUGGUCUGGUAUUUCUCCUUCAGGGCAGGUCACUGCCUGAUGCUGUUGUUCCUCUGCGACAGACCAGAAUUGCAACAUUACUCUGGCCUGUUCAGCAAAUGCGAAGCUCCUUCUGGCUGAGGGCUCAGCGUCCGCACUUCCCGCCGGGGCCCUGGCUGACCCGACGCUGGGCAUGGAGAGAGGGGAGCAGUAUCGCAAUCCCACCGAGGUGCAGAUGAGCCAGCUGGUGCUGCCAUGCCACACAAACCACUGUGGCGAGCUGAGCAUCGGGCAGCUGCUGAAGUGGAUUGACACCACAGCCUGCCUCUCUGCCGAGAGACAUGCUGGCUGCCCCUGCGUCACGGCUUCUGUGGAUGAUAUCUAUUUUGAGCACACGAUUAGACAGAUUCAAAUAAUGCCUCCCUGGCAGCAGCAGCAUGGGAAGAACAAUGUCUGUGUUGGGCAAGUUGUUAACAUCAAAGCCAAAGUAAACCGAGCCUUUAACUCUAGCAUGGAGGUUGGCAUACAGGUCAGCUAUGAAGAUCUGUGCAGUGGAAAGCAGUGGAUUGUGUGUAAGGCCUAUGCUACUUUUGUUGCACAAGGCAAAGCAACUGGCAAGAUGAAGCUAAAGCCGCUGGCUCCUCAGACAGAGGAAGAGAAGAUGGAAUACAGCAUUGCUGCUGAGCGCCGCCGAAUGCGCCUGGCGCACACUGACACCCUCAAGGAUCUCCUCACCCACAGCACCAUGCCAACCGAGUGUGAGAACGGAGACUGCAACACCGUGGUGCCUGCUGAAAAGACCAGGGUGGAGAGUGUGGAACUGGUGCUGCCCCCUCAUGCCAAUCAUCAGGGGAACACCUUCGGAGGCCAGAUCAUGGCGUGGAUGGAAAACGUUGCCACGAUAGCAGCAAGCCGGCUGUGCCAUGCCCACCCCUCUCUGAAGACCAUUGAAAUGUUCCAUUUCAGGGGACCAUCACAAGUUGGGGACCGCCUCCUGUUAAAAGCUAUUGUUAAUAAUUCGUUCAAAAAUAGCAUGGAGGUUGGCGUUUGUGUGGAGGCCUAUCGACAGGAAAUGGAAGUCAGUCGAAGACAUAUCAACAGUGCCUUCAUGACGUUUGUUGUCUUGGAUCAAGAGGGUCAGCCCAGUGCCAUUCCAAUGGUGAAACCAGAAGCUGGGGAUGGGGAGAGACGGUACAGAGAAGCCAGUGCUAGGAAAAAAAUUAGAUUGGACAGAAAAUACAUCAUUUCCUGUGAACAGACAAAAGUGCCAUUGUCAGUGCCCUGGGACCAAAGUAACAAGGUUUAUCUGAGCUACAACAAUGUUUCUGCACUGAAGACUCUUGUAGCGAAAACCAGUUGGGUACUUGCCACAGAAAUAGACAAGGUCAGGAUGUACACGCUGGAGGAAGACAAGUAUCUCUCCUUCCGAAUAGAGAUGACCCUCUGCAUUGAUGCAACACAGGCCUUCUUCCUUCUGUCAGACUUAAGACAGAGGCACGAAUGGGAUAGACAUUAUGCGAGUGCUGAGCUUGUCCAGCAAGUUGAUGAAGAUGACAUGAUCUACCACGUGCUUAGUCAGACGGUUAGUCAAGAAAACAAGCCUCAGGACUUUGUUAUCUUGGCGUCAAGAAGAAAACCUUGUGAUGAAGGUGACCCAUAUGUCGUCGCGUUCAGGUCGGUCACGCUGCCCAGCCGUCCACCAAACCCCGAGUACUCCCGAAGGGAGACGAUGUGUUCUGGCUUCUGUAUUUGGCAGGAGACAGCCGAGCUAACCAAGGUGUCCUAUUACAACCAGGCAGCUCCAGGAUACCUGGCUUACGUCACGACUAACAUUGCAGGACUGUCCUCGGACUUCUAUGUUACCUUCAAAGCCUGUGAGAGAUUCCUGCAGAAGAACAAAGAUGAGAUCACAGUUGGGCUUCAGAAUCUGUAACUGUUGGCCCUUUUUGCACACUGCUGUGUGAAUAUCUUGUACAUACUGAAGCGAUUGGUCUGUGUAGGUGAGAGCACAUGGAGAGUAAUUACUUAGAUAAUGUUAGUGGCAUUGCUAGGAGCACAAUGACUUGAAAUCCAUCCAUUGUAGCAUGACUAGAAUCAGCUCUUCAUCAAGCACACUAGAGAGAUAAUGAUGAGAAAUGUAAUGGCUGGAGCCAAUCUGUCUAAUCAGGGAGAGGGAUUAUUAGGGCCAAACUCUGUGGCAACUGUAGGGGCUUCUAUUACGGUUUAUCUGAGUACAAAAUUUGGCCUGGGGUGGGAUGGGGAGAGAGGUCCAGGUGGUCUCUACAUGGCCAGUGUUUCAUUGCGAAGUCAGUCAGAUCACUCUGAGGUCUAGUGCUAGAGCAGCAUGUAAUCUGCUAAAAAGCACCAGCCUUAUUUUAUUUGUAUUCAAUCUCGUAACCUCAUGUUCAGGAAUUGACUUUCUGACAGCAUCACCUGCGCUUGAACCUUUGUGUAAGAGUAACGGUUACUAAAUGAAUUAUUUUUUUCACCAGUUCUUGUAAUUCAAUGGAGGAAUUGUCCAUCUUUAAUCCAAUGAAGUAAAUCAGGACAGGCUUUAGUGGGGCAGAAGGCCAGCCUUGUCUCCGGUAACACAGUACUGUUGUGUUUGACACACUAGGCAUUAUGAUGCAGGAUACCUCACUGAUGUGCUGCCAAUUUCAUGUUCUGUCUUUCACACACCAUACAAAAGAUGGGAGUGAUAAUAAAGAAAGCCCGUUCACCUUA